CUCGCGCGCAGUCGCUGCAUACUCAAAGUAGCAGUUUGCUAGCAAUUUUGAUAGCAUGAAAAGAAGUAUGAAAUAGUCUGGCCGGACUGCAAGACCAGCGCUGCACCGAGCGAGCCGGCAAAAUUGCACUUGCCAACAGCGGGCGGAUAGGCGCGAGCAGCCAUGGCCAACCGCACGGACCCGGAUGUUAAGACCGUGCACGGCACGAAUCCACAGAACCUGGUGGAGUACAUCGUGCGCCAAAAGAUCUAUCAGACGACUUACUGGAAGGAGAAAUGCUUCGCGCUGACCGCUGAGUCGUUGCUGGAGGUGGCGGUGCAGUUGAAGAGCGUGGGUGGCACGUUUGGAGGGCAGCGCAAGCCCUCCGACUUCCUGUGCCUCCUGCUGAAGAUGCUGCAAAUCCAGCCCGACAAGGAGAUCAUUAUUGAAUACAUCAAAAAUGAAGACUUCAAAUACGUUCGCUUAUUGGGCGCCUUCUACAUGCGGCUGGUGGGCAAGCCGCUGGAAGUGUACCAAUACCUAGAACCCCUCUACAACGACUACCGAAAGGUGCGGCUGCAGACGCUGGAGGGCGCUUACGCCUUGACGCACGUGGACGAGGUGGUUGACGACAUGCUGCGGAAGGACUUCCUGUUCGACAUCGCGCUGCCACGCGUGCCGUCCAGGUACACGCUUGAGAAGCUGGGGCAGUUAGACCCGCGCAUCAGUGUGUUGGAUGAGGAGUUUGAUGAGGCCAUUCUGGAGCUGGAGGCGGGCGAGGCCGCCAAGCAGGCCGCCGAGAUGCAGGCCAAGCUGGGCAACGCCGGCGGUGCGGCGCCGGCUGCAGGGCCGGGCGCGGGCCUGCCGCUGCCGCCGCCGCCUCCCCUGGACUCGGGUCGGGCGCCGGAGCGGGAGCGGGACGUGGACCGGGAGCGGAGGCGCAGUCCGGCUCGGGAGGCGGAGCGCGAGCGCGCGGAGCGGGAACGCGAGCGGGAACGGGAGCGGGAUCGCGACCGGGGCGGCCGUGAAGCCGACUUCCGGGACCGGGAUCGGGACCGCGAUUACCGGGACCGUGAUAGGGACCGGGAUUACCGGGACAGCCGCCGCAGCCGCAGCCGCUCCCGAGACCGCAGGGACCGUGGCCGCGACCGGGACUAUCGCCGGAGCAGGAGCAGGAGUCGCGGGCGUGACAGCCGCAGCCGCAGCCGUGACCGGCGCGACAGGGACCGGGACCGGGGGUACCGCCGCAGCAGCCGGAGCCCCAGCCGGAGCCGCAGCCGGGAUCGGGACUACCGACGGGGCGGCGGCCGCGACAGGCGAGACAGCCGCUCACGGUCGCGGUCGCGCGACCGGGACCGCGGCCGGGACCGCAGCCGCAGCCGCGAGCGGGACCGCGGCGGGCGCGGCGAUCGGGACCGGGACCGGGAUGGCGGCGCGGCACCAAAGAAGGAGAAGGAAAAGGCUAAGGACAAGCCGAAGGAGAAGGCGGCGGCGGGGGGAGGCAAGAAGGCAGUGGACACAGAAGACCCCGAGAUUGUGGAGGCCAACAAGCUGCGUGCUAAGCUGGGCCUGAAGCCGCUGAAGUGAUGAGGGGCGCUGUGCGGCUCGUGUUCGGAGCCUGGAUCGGGCCUGUGCGCGGCGGUUUGUUGCGUUGAAUGUUCUCAUGUGUUUGGCGAUGGGCCAGAUUGAGUCGCGGGCUGGUCCUGUGCAUCCAGGCGCCUAUAACUGCGGACACGGAGACGAGGGUAUGGCCGG